AUGGCCUCCAAUGAGACACCAAACCCAUCUGAGGGCGAGACGCCGAAUGUAUACAGACUGAACAAUCGAUCAUCACCUCCCCCGUCAAGCAUCGCGGGAAAUAGCUCACAGAUUGGCGAUGGGAUGGAUGUGCCCGGAUACGCGUUGUCGUCACAGCCGGGGACGCUGGACUCUUCAGCACGCGGCAUGUUUGAUUCGCAGAUGAAUACGGCGCCACACCAGCGGAGAGCAUACAACGGCGAGGAUAGCCGGCGCGGGUCGUACGUGUACGGCGAAGAUGACGGGGCGGCGGAUGAGGACGGGCCCGCGUUUGACGGGCUGCGGAUGCGGAACCUGAACGCGAUCAAGAAGGUGACGGAUGUGACUGGCGAAAAGGUGCGGGAGGCGUUUGAGCAGUUUCUGGAGGAGUACUCGACCGUCUCCGCCGAGACUGGCGAGCCUACGGCCGUGUACCGGACGCAGCUGGAGUUCAUGAGCCACUACGAGCUAAGCACGAUCUACAUCGAUUACUCGCACCUGGCCGAGAGGGAAAACGGCGCGUUAGCCGUGGCCAUCUCGGAGCAGUACUACCGGUUUCUGCCGUUCCUGCUCAAGGGUCUGCGCCGGUUCGUCCGGAAGCACGCGCCGAACUUGCUCAUGACCUCGGACUCUGUGAUGUCUCAGUACCAGGAGGAAAACGCCUCGCAGCAGGUUAAUUCGAUAUCACAGGCGUCGGGCGGCUCUUUGGGGUCGCGGCGGCCGGGACACUCUACUGCAGCGACUGGCGGAUCCACCGUUUCAACUCCGGAGCAGACGGAACGUAUAUUCCAAAUCAGCUUCUUUAAUAUACCAGUCACCAACAGGAUCCGCGAUAUCCGAGCGGAGAAAGUCGGUACGCUAAUGACCAUAUCGGGCACUGUCACCCGCACAUCUGAGGUGCGGCCGGAACUGUUUAAGGCCAGUUUCACCUGCGAUAUGUGUAGAGCAGUCGUCGACAAUGUAGAACAGGUGUUCAAGUUUACGGAGCCAACAUUCUGUCCCAAUCCUUCAUGUGAAAACCAGGCGUUCUGGACGUUGAACAUAGGGAGAUCUCGGUUUUUGGACUGGCAGAGGGUCAGAAUACAGGAAAACUCAAACGAAAUCCCUACCGGUUCGAUGCCGCGGACGCUGGAUGUUAUUCUGAGAGGAGAUUGCGUAGAAAGAGCAAAGCCAGGUGAUCGGUGUAGGUUCACGGGUACCGAGAUUGUUAUGCCAGAUGUGACGCAAUUGGGCUUGGCCGGUAUGAAGCCAAGCUCCGCACCCGAUACCAGAGGUAUUUCACGGACAAUGGAGGGGUUGAAUUCAGGAGUCUCUGGCUUGAAGACGCUAGGUGUAAGGGACUUGACAUAUAAAAUCGCAUUUUUAGCGUGUCAUGUCAUGGGGGUGGGAAACAACAGCAAUCCACAAGGUGAUGUGCUUUCUCAUGAGCUGGAUGUAAAUAUGCUCCAGCAUCUUAAUAAGGGUAUAGACGAUACGGAGAGGGACCAGGAGCUAUUUCUGAAUAGCUUGAGUUCCGAUGAGAUAAAUGAACUGAAAGAAAUGGUCAAAGAUGAGCGGAUAUAUGAUAAACUGGUCCAAUCCAUUGCGCCAGCCGUUUUCGGCCAUGAAACUGUGAAGAAAGGGCUUUUGCUGCAGAUGCUUGGCGGUGUCCACAAAACCACUGUGGAAGGUAUCAAACUACGAGGUGAUAUAAAUAUUUGCAUUGUGGGUGAUCCCUCGACUUCGAAGUCCCAGUUCCUAAAGUAUGUCUGUGCUUUUGUACCAAGGGCAGUGUAUACAUCCGGGAAAGCAUCCUCUGCUGCUGGUCUCACAGCGGCCGUUGUCAAAGAUGAAGAAGGUGGCGAUUUCACGAUUGAAGCUGGUGCGCUGAUGCUUGCUGACAACGGGAUAUGUUGUAUUGAUGAAUUUGACAAGAUGGAUAUUUCAGACCAAGUUGCCAUUCACGAAGCGAUGGAACAGCAGACUAUCUCCAUAGCAAAGGCAGGUAUUCAUGCAACGUUGAACGCGAGGACUUCUAUCCUGGCUGCCGCUAAUCCCGUUGGCGGCAGGUAUAACAGGAAGCUUACACUAAGAGGGAAUUUGAAUAUGACUGCGCCGAUCAUGUCCAGAUUUGACCUUUUCUUUGUCAUCUUAGAUGAUUGUAAUCAGAAGGUGGAUACUGAACUAGCUUCGCAUAUCGUCAAUCUCCAUAUGAAGUGCGAUGAUGCAAUUGAUCCCCCGUUUACUAUGGACCAGCUGCGGCGGUACAUAAAGUAUGCCAGGACAUUCAAGCCAAUUUUGACGGAGGAUGCACGCCAAUUCUUGGUGGAAAAGUACAAGGAGCUGCGGAAGAAUGACAUCCAGGGCUACAGUAAAUCGAGCUAUCGUAUCACCGUGCGGCAACUAGAAUCCAUGAUACGAUUGAGUGAGGCUAUCGCUAGAGCCAACUGUGUCGACGAGAUUACGCCGGCCUUCGUUGCGGAAGCAUAUGAUCUCCUACGCCAGAGUAUCAUUAGGGUAGAUGUGGAUGACGUGGAGAUCGAGGAUGAGGAAGAGGCACCAGCAACAGAUGCUGAACCUCAGGCUGCUGCUCCCGCCGAGCCGUCUACCCCUGACAACCGAGCGGCAUCCACCAAGCCGCUUGGGCGCAAGAAGAAGUCAAAACUCGCAAUAUCUUACGACAAAUACGUUGAGAUGAUGAAUAUAAUGGUGCGAAAGAUCGCGGAUACAGAUAGCCAGGGGGGCUCAGAGCUUACUGCAGUGGAGAUCAUAGAUUCUUAUCUGCUCCAAAAGGAGCACGAGCUCAAUACAGAAGCUGAAUACUGGUCUGAGCGCAAGCUCGCCCUGAAGGUACUCAAGCGGUUGGUUAAAGACCGCAUUCUCAUGGAGAUUAGGGGGAACACGGAAAAUAUACCCUUUGACGUCCCAGAGGAGAUCUUAAGAGAGCGGGAAAGAGUGGUUUAUGUGAUCCACCCAAAUUCGUCUGUGCUGGACCAGCUUUCCCAACAGUCUCCGAGGUAA